ACGUAAAGUCAUCAUUUGUGCACUCUUGUCAGAAAGGAGAAAAGAGAGCGACCCAUCCCCAUCAUGAAAUUCCUGAGCCUUAUUGCCGUCGUGGCCCUCGCCGCCACCGUGUCUGCCGACUGCGAGACCUGCAAGGUGGGUGUCAAUGCCAUCUUGGACUACUUGGGCUCCAACAGCGAGGUCACUGAGGAGGCCGCCAUCGUCAAGGAUGCCUGCUGCCCUGCUCUGGAUGACCCCGAGGGCUGCGGCACUGGUGUGGACACCUGGUGGCCCGCCAUUGUGAAUGCCCUCCAAGCUAGCGACAACAUUGCCGAUAUUGCUUGCGCCGCUUUGGACCCCAGCUGCAUUGCCACCAAGGCCUGGGAUUGCGACACCUGCAAGGCUCGAUUGGACGACCUUUUGAAUGUUGCUACCGGAGAUGCUCAGACCGCCGCUCUCUUGGCCUACUUGAAGGGCCCCGCUUUCUGUGAGGAUGCCUCGGUCAGCCCCGACGCUGCCGUGUGCGGAGACUUUGUGGAUGCUUUGGCUCCUUGCGCCAUCGACUCACUUGUGGCUGUGGUUCAAGCUGAACCCGAUCGAUUCUGCAAUGAGAUCUUCCAAUUGUGCUAAUUCUUUGUUAUUUUGAAUAAAUGCGCAUCACACGAA